AGAAAGGAAGUGGACGUCAGAGGGAGGCUAAAUUGAAACUGUGCCGUGCUGCAGGUGGAGAUCUGUCACCUCUGAACCACUGGAGGAGACACGCCGAGCGUCGAGACUCUGACAGAGAAGAGGAAAGCCAUGGUUUCAGUCAGACCAGAGAUUCAGCCGUAAAAGACAAGAGGCGGUCGCCCCCCCCCAGCAGAUCCCCCACCGGCCCUCAACGCAACCCUCACCACAGCGGCUCCACAGACGAGCAGGAGAGCCCCGAGAGAGUGGUGCAGAAGGAGAAGCUUCAUGCAGAACUGAAACAGGUGCUGAGUCAGAAGAGAAGUCACCUGAGAGAGUCCACCUGCCUACUGGCCCAACCAGAGAUGGACCCGGAUCCCACAGAGGAACACACAAGCGUGGAUGAGGCCUCCAGCUCCAUGCUCAUCGUGGUGGAGACGGAGGCGGAGGCCGGCGCCAGCGGCUACAGCGUGACCGGCGGAGGAGAGCGAGGGAUCUUUGUCAAAGACGUCCUCAAGGACUCUCCAGCUGCCAAACAUCUCAGUCUGCAACAAGGGGACCAGCUGCUGAGCGCCAAGGUCUAUUUCGACAACGUCAAGUACGAAGAUGCGCUGAAGAUCCUUCAGUGUGCGGAGCCGUACAAGGUCAGCUUCCAACUGCAGAGGACCAUCCCCGGGGCAGAGGUCAGCGUGCGGCCUCGAGUUCCCAGCGUGGAGGUCAAAGGACCAAAAGCCAAGAUGGCCAAAAUGAGUGUGAAGGGCACCAAGCCGUUCAAGGCCAAGAAGAAAAGAGGAGGUCGCUUUGGUCUGAAGAGGCUGAAAGAGAAGCGCAGGGAGGAGCUAGUGAUAGAGGAAACGCCCCCCCGGCUGGAGAUGAGUGAUGUGGACGUGGAGUUCUCACUCCCCAAAUUCAAACAGAGGAGGAGUGUGAAGGUGGAGGCAGAAGGAGCAGCAGCCGGAGCCAAGGCAAAGAGGAGGAUCAGGUUUCCUCGUAUGAAAUCAAAGGGAGGAAAAGUGGAAACAGAACGGAUUGAGGGAAAUACUUCUCCAUCUGAGAUUCCUGGAGCCAAAGUGAAAACCAAAGAAAAGGGAUACAAAUUUGGAAUCACCUUUCCAAAGAGCAAACAAACAAAGUCCGGCUCAGCUUUGGAAACUGGAUCUGUGGAGCUGAAGCCGCCGGGUGUGAACAUCCAGCCACCAGCAGUGGACUUCAGCUUGUCUGGUAAUAGAGACAUGGAAGCACUCAAGUUUAAUGUGCCGGACGUGGAGUUUGCUCCCUCUUCGGCUGAGGCCUCUUUGCCCACAGUGAAGGGAAAGGCAGAUGUCAAAGCUCCAAAAAUCAACAUCAAGGGAGGAAGUGAUGCAGCUGAAGGAAAAGGAGAUGCAAAGCUCAGAUUGCCAAAGCUGAAAUUAGCCAAAGUUCGACUCUCACGUCAUUCAGAUGAAAUAGAUGGUGACAUCAAGAUCAAACCUGGAGGGGUGAAAAUGCCCAGUGUUGACGUAACACCUCCAAAGGUAGGAAUCAGGGGAGCGGGGGGGAUUGGUCUCCCUGCAGCUCAGUUGGAGGGUGACCUCUCAGGAAAAGCUGCAUCUAUUCAAAUUCCUUCUGUUGAUAUUUCUUUACCGAAAGUGAAGGGAAAGUCCGGCAUUGACUUCUCACUCCCAGAGUAUAAAGGAGCUGGGAAGACCACAAUCAAAAUACCAACUGUUGACCUCUCAAUGCCGGAUGCUGAGUUGGAAAUGGACACCGGACGGAGAAUGCCCGAUGAGGUGGAGGGCACUUUCAAAGGGCCCAAAAUCUCCAUGCCACAGGUUGAUAUCUCAUUACCCAAGAUGGGAUCAGUUGAUGUGGAUAUGGAAUGUCCAGAGGGUGGAGGGAAAUUCAAUCUACCUUCUGUUGACAUCUCUCCACCAAAGGUGAAAAUGGAGGGUGAAGAUGUGGAUAUGGACUAUUUUGUUGGUGGUGAUGGGAAGUUCAAAAUGCCUAGUUUUGACAUAUCUCUCCCAAAUAUGAAGUCACAAGAAGGAGACAUAAAUAUAAAAGGACAAAUGGUGGAAGCAGGCUACAAGUUGCCCAAAGUUGACUUGACCCUUCCCAAAGGCAAAGCCGGAACAACUAAUAUUGAAGGAGAAGGAACAUUUAAUAUACCAUCAUUAGACAUAUCUCUCCCUAAAGUGAAGACAGGGGAGUUGGACGUCAACAUUGUUGGCACUGACGUGAAAGGACAUAAAUUUGGAUUGGUCACACCUGAAGUGGAUGUGUCUUUACCUAAAGGCAACAUUUCUGGAGACAUAGAAGUCGAAGGACAUGCUGGGAAAGGAGGAAAAUUCAAAAUGCCCACCUUCGAUGUUUCUGUGCCCAAACUGAAACAACCAGAGGAUCACAUGAACAUAGAGGUGCCCGGAUAUGAGGGGGGAGAUAAGAUCCAGAUGCCAUCUGUUGAUAUAUCUCUGCCAGAAGGAAAGAUGGGGGGUGACAUUGAAAUAGAGGGACCAUCUAACAGAGGAGGGAAAUUCAAAAUGCCCUCACUUGAUGUCAGACUUCCUAAGAUGGGGACAUCUGGAGCUGAGGUUGACUUGCAAGGAUCUAAGUUCAAAGGGGGGGAAAUCGAGGCACCAUCAGUGGACCUUUCUUUACCGAAAGGUAAAUCCAAAGGUGAGGUUGACGUAGACGGAAAGGGAGGCAAGUUUAAAAUUCCUUCGUUUAAUGUAGAUCUUCCAAAAAUGAAAUUCCCUGAGGGUGAGGUUGUUUUGCAGGGAUCUAAAGUUAAAGGGGGAAAGAUAAACAUGCCCACUGUUGAUAUCUCAGUCCCCCAAGGAAAGCUAGAGGGAGGUGGGAACAUUGAUGGUGGUGAAUUAAAAGGAGGCAAACUUAGCAUGCCCUCUGUGGACAUUUCUCUCCCAAAAAUGAAGCUACCCGAAGGAGAAGUAAAGCUAGAAGGCCCCGAACUUCCAAAUGUUGACUUGUCGCUUCCCAAGGGAAACGUAGAGGGCAACAUGGAGCUCGAGGGCAGCGGUGGUGGCGGAGCCAAGUUCAAGAUGCAGACUUUUGACAUCUCACUCCCAAAGAUAAAAACAAAAGGAGAGGUUGACAUUGAAGGGUCUGAAGUCAAAGGUGGAGCAAAGUUCAACAUGCCAUCACUGGACAUCGCUCUUCCUGCCAUGAAGUCACCACAGGGGGAGAUUAAAGUCCAAGGUCCAGAUUUUAAAGGAGGAAAUAUCCAGAUGCCUUCUCUUGAUGUGUCACUACCCAAGAUCGAGUCCCAGGGAGGUGACAUUGACAUUGAAGGUCCACAGUUUAAGGUAAAGUCACCAGAGGCAGAUUUAGACCUAAAGGGGACUGAGAUUAGUGGAAAGAUAGAUAUGGAAAUACCAUCUGGAAAAGGAGGCAAAUUUAAGAUGCCUUCAUUUGAUGUAUCUCUACCAAAAGGGAAGUUGCCUGAGGGAAAUAUUGGCCUUAAGGGACCCUCAGCUGAUAUCUCCAUCCCAAAAGGAAAAGCAGAGGCUGCCAUUAAAACUAGAGGUAAAGCAGGACAUUUUCAAAUGCCCUCAGUCAAUGUUUCUCUUCCUAAAAUGAAAUCAAAGCGAGGAGACAUCAACAUUGAGGGUCCAGAACUCAAACGUGGGGAAAUUAGAAUGCCAACUAUUGACAUUUCCGCCCCUCAAGGAACAUUUGAAGGUGACAUCAAUGUCAAAGGUGAAGGAAAAGGUGGCAAGUUCAACCCGCCGUCUCUAGAUGUCACCGUACCUACAGUCAAAAUCCUUGAGGGUGAUGUGAAUUUUCAAGGUCCAAAAGUAAAAGGUCGAAAAUUUGAAAUGCCAAAAAUCAACAUAGAACUUCCCAAAGGUAAAGCACAGGGAGAUAUUGAUAUUGACAUUCACUCUGGACGGGAUGGUGAUAUUGAAAUACCAUCCUGUGAUAUUGGAUUUCCUAAAGGAAAAGUCACAGGUGACGUACAUUUUGAAGGUCCUGGAGGGAAAGGGGGUAAGAUGAAGAUGCCAAAAUUUGAUAUUUCAUUACCAAAAGUAAAUUUUCCUGAGGGUGAUGUCAAAUUCAAAGGGCCGGACACCAAGGGCAGAAGGAUUGAGAUGCCGGACAUUGAUAUUAAACUUCCAAAAGGGAAAGCUGAAGGUGACGUAAAGCCUAUAGACCCUGAGAUGAAAGGGGAAAAAUUCAAAAUGCCAAAAUUGGAUGUUUCUUUACCAAAAGUCAGUCUUCCAAAGGUUGAUGCCAAUGUGGAAGGACCAGACAUGAAAGGAAAAAUAGAAAUGCCAACAGUUGAUAUCUCACUUCCAAAGGGAAAGCUGGAUAUGGAUAUUGACAGUGAUGGGCACAGUGGCAAAGGAGGCAAGUUUCACAUGCCCUCAGUCGAUAUCUCUCUUCCUAAAAUCAAAGCUAAGGGAGUAGAUAUUCAAGGACCUGAAAUCAAAGGGGACAUGUCACUGCCUCAGAUUAAGUCUCCAGAGGUAGAUAUCAGUCUUGAGGGUCCUGAUGUUAAAGGAGGGAAGUUUAACUUGCCAACUGGUGACAUCAAACUCCCUAAAGGAAAAGUCGAGGCUGACUUUGGUGUCGAGGGCCCUGAGGUGAAGGGUGGCAAGUUUAAAAUGCCAAAAUUUGAUGUUUCUCUACCAAAAGUUAGUCUCCCAGAAGGAGAUGUCGAAGUAAAAGGCCCAGACGUCAAGGGAGGGAAGAUAAAGAUGCCAGACAUAGAUAUUUCACUCCCCAAAGGAAAAGCUGAAGGUGAGAUAAAGGUUGAAGGCCCUGAGAUGAAAGGGGGCAAAUUCAAAAUGCCCAAAUUUGAUGCUUCUUUACCAAAAGUCAGUCUUCCAAAGGUUGACGCCAAUGUGGAAGGACCAGACAUGAAAGGAAAAAUAGAAAUGCCAACAGUUGAUAUCUCACUUCCAAAGGGAAAGCUGGAUAUGGAUAUUGACAGUGAUGGGCACAGUGGCAAAGGAGGCAAGUUUCACAUACCCUCAGUCGAUAUCUCUCUUCCUAAAAUCAAAGCAAAGGGAAUAGAUAUUCAAGGACCUGAAAUCAAAGGGGACAUGUCACUGCCUCAGAUUAAGUCUCCAGAGGUAGAUAUCAGUCUUGAGGGUCCUGAUGUUAAAGGAGGGAAGUUUAACUUGCCAACUGGUGACAUCAAACUCCCUAAAGGAAAAGUCGAGGCUGACUUUGGUGUCGAGGGCCCUGAGGUGAAGGGUGGCAAGUUUAAAAUGCCAAAAUUUGAUGUUUCUCUACCAAAAGUUAGUCUCCCAGAAGGAGAUGUCAAAAUUAAAGGCCCAGACAUGAAGGGAGGGAAGAUUGAGAUGCCAGACAUUGACAUUUCACUCCCCAAAGGAAAAGCAGAAGGAGAAAUUGAUAUUGGAGGACAUGCUGGUAAAGGAGGCAAGUUCCAUAUGCCCUCUAUUGAUAUCUCUCUCCCUAAAAUGAAGGCUAAGGGACCAGAGGUCAACAUAGAAUGUCCUGAAAUUAAAGGGGGAAAAGUUCAAAUGCCAGAUAUCGACCUUUCACUUCCCAAAGGAAAGGUUGAUGCUGAGCUCAGCCGUGAGGGCCCUGAGGUAAAAGGAGGCAAAUUGAAAAUGCCAAAAUUGAAUGUAUCACUUCCAAAGAUGACCCUGUCAGAGGGAAGUGCCAAACUGGAAGGACCUGAUGUUAAAGAGAAUUUUGAAAUGCCAAACAUUGACAUUUCCCUUCCUGAAGGAAAAGUAAAGGGAGAAGUUGAAAUCGAGGGAGAUGGUGACAAAGGGGGCAAGUUUCACAUGCCCUCAAUUAAUAUCUCUCUUCCUAAAAUCAAAUCAAAGGAAGCUGGUGUUGAUAUUGAGGGACCUGAACUUAAAGGUGACAUUUCAUUUCCAGAAGGAAAAGUUGAGGGUGACUUAAACGUUGAAGCCCCUAGGAUGAAAGGGGGCAAAUUCAAAAUGCCAAAAUUUGAUGUGUCUCUACCAAAAGUUAGUCUCCCAGAAGGAGAUGUCAAAAUAAAAGGCCCAGACAUGAAGGGAGGGAAGAUUGAGAUGCCAGACAUUGAUAUUUCACUCCCCAAAGGAAAAGCAGAAGGGGAAAUUGAUAUUGGAGGACAUGCUGGUAAAGAAGGCAAGUUCCAUAUGCCCUCUAUUGAUAUAUCUCUCCCUAGAAUGAAAGCUAAAGGACCAGAGGUCCACAUAGAAGGUCCUGCACUUAAAGGGGGAAAAGUCCACAUGCCAGACAUCGACCUUUCACUUCCUAAAGGAAAAGCAGACAUUUCACUGCCAGAAGGAAGUGUCAAACUGGAAGGACCUGAGGUCAAGGGAGGAAAGAUGCCAGCAAUACCAGCUGUUGACAUAUCUGUUCCACUGGGAAACUUGGAAGGAGAUUUCAACAUUCAAGGACCAUCUGGAAAGGGAAAGAUUGAAGGGCCAAAAAUAAAUCUCCCAAAGUUUGAUUUUGACCGCAGCCUCCCUUCUGGUAAGAAAGACAUUAGUCUUAAAAUGGACACCAGUGGUCCUGAUGCAUCGGGAGAUAUGGUCAUAAAACCAGCCAAGUUGAAGGUUAAGGGUGCAGACAUUGAGACAGGUGGUGUUGAAGGUCCAGGUGCAGCACUAAAACUUCCCUCAGUCAAAUUACCAACAGUUGAUGUCAAAGCUCCAAAGGUGGAUUUAGACUUUGGUCUUAAAAAACCCAAAGGGGACGAUGUGGAAGUGGAGCUUCUGAAAGCAGAGGGAGGACGGCCUUCAUCAGGGAUCAGCUUUGAUUUACCAGAUGUAUCCCUCAAAAUGCCCAGUUUUUCUUUUCCCAAGUUUGGUGCAAAGUCCAAGAGUGGUGAAUUAGAGAUAUCAGGGAAAGGCCCUAAGGCAGAUGUUUCCCUCGUCCCACCACAUGUGGAAGGAGAGAUAAGAGCACCAUCAGUAGACUUUGAUGGGGAUGGAAAGGUCAAGGUGAAGAAAACUAAAAUCAAAAUGCCUUCAUUUGGAAUAUCCAAAAAAGAUACAGAUGUCUCUGUGUCUUGUCCUGAUGUGGAUGUUAAAGCUAAAAAAGGUCAAAUUGAUAUUCCAAAACCAGAAAUAAAAUUUGAGAGCCCAGAUGAUAAAUCAAAAUACAAAGUAAAAUUCCCGAAGUUUAAAUUAUCGUCACCAAAGGGUGGACUUCCAGAGGGAGAAGUUGAUGCAAAACUGGAGGCAGAAGUUGAAGGAAAAGGGGGCUUCCAUGCACCUGAUGUCACUAUCAAAUUACCCAAAUUCUCCAUGCCAGGAUUUGGCUCCAGGGAAAAAGAUUUGGGGAAGCCACAAGGUGACCUUGGAGCUAAGGCCAAGGUCAAGAUGCCCUCCUUUGAGAUGUCGCUACCAGCAGCUAAAACUCCAGAGACUGAGGUUCUUCUCCCCAAAGCAGAAGUUGAUGUUACAGAGGCUGAUAUCAAAGGUUAUGAAGGAAACCUUAAAAUUCCCAAAAUGCCGAUUGUUAACGUUUCUAUUCCAAAAAUAGACCUGGAUCUAUCCCUCCCAAAAGGAAAGUCCCAAAAGAUCGAAAUGCCAGAAGUGGAAUUAAAAGCAGGUGAAGGAAAAUUCAAAAUGCCUCACAUAACAAUGCCAGAUGUUGACCUCUCUCUGCCAAAAGGAAAGAUUGAAGGUCCAGAAGUUGAAAUGGAGGGAGGUACAGGAGGCAAAUUCAAGAUGCCCCAUCUCAGCAUACCUUCUGUUGAUAUUUCACUUCCCAAAGGAAAGAUUGAAGGUCCAGAAGUUGAAAUGGAGGGAGGUACUGGAGGAAAGUUCAAAAUGCCUCAUAUGAAAAUGCCAAAUAUUGACCUCUCCCUGCCCAAAGGAAAGAUUGAAGGUCCAGAAGUUGAACUGGAGGGAGGUUCCGGAGGAAAGUUCAAAAUGCCUCAUAUGAAAAUGCCAAAUAUUGACCUCUCCCUGCCCAAAGGAAAGAUUGAAGGUCCAGAAGUUGAAAUGGAGGGAGGUUCCGGAGGAAAAUUCAAGAUGCCCCAUUUCAGCAUACCCUCUGUUGAUAUUUCACUUCCCAAAGGAAAGAUUGAAGGUCCAGAAGUUGAACUGGAGGGAGGUACCGGAGGAAAGUUCAAGAUGCCUCAUAUGAAAAUGCCAAAUGUUGACCUCACUCUGCCUAAAGGAAAGAUUGAAGGUCCUGAAGUUGAACUGGAGGGAGGGACCGGAGGAAAAUUCAAGAUGCCCCAUUUCAGCAUGCCCUCUGUUGAUAUUUCACUUCCCAAGGGAAAGAUUGAAGGUCCAGAAGUCGAAAUGGAGGGAAGUACUGGAGGAAAGUUUAAAAUGCCUCAUAUGAAAAUGCCAAAUAUUGACCUCUCUCUGCCUAAAGGGAAGAUUGAAGGUCCAGAAGUUGAAUUGGAGGGAGGUACCGGAGGAAAGUUCAAAAUGCCUCACGUAAAAAUGCCAAAUAUUGACCUCUCUCUGCCUAAAGGGAAGAUUGAAGGUCCAGAAGUUGAAUUGGAGAGAGGUACUGGAGGAAAGUUUAAAAUGCCUCAUGUGAAAAUGCCAAAUAUUGACCUCUCUCUGCCUAAAGGGAAGAUUGAAGGUCCAGAAGUUGAAAUGGAGGGAGGUUCCGGAGGAAAAUUCAAGAUGCCCCAUCUCAGCAUGCCUUCUGUUGAUAUUUCACUUCCCAAAGGAAAGAUUGAAGGUCCAGAAGUUGAACUUGAGGGAGGUACCAGAGGAAAGUUCAAAAUGCCCCAUAUGAAAAUGCCAAAUAUUGACCUCUCUCUGCCUAAAGGGAAGAUUGAAGGUCCAGAAGUUGAAUUGGAGGGAGGUACCGGAGGAAAGUUCAAAAUGCCUCACGUGAAAAUGCCAAAUAUUGACCUCUCUCUGCCUAAAGGGAAGGUUGAAGGUCCAGAAGUUGAAUUGGAGAGAGGUACUGGAGGAAAGUUUAAAAUGCCUCAUAUGAAAAUGCCAAAUAUUGACCUCUCCCUGCCCAAAGGAAAAAUUGAAGGUCCGGAAGUUGAAAUGGAGGGAGGUUCCGGAGGAAAAUUCAAGAUGCCCCAUUUCAGCAUGCCCUCUGUUGAUGUUUCACUUCCCAAAGGAAAGAUUGAAGGUCCAGAAGUUGAACUUGAGGGAGGUACUGGAGGAAAGUUCAAAAUGCCUCAUAUGAAAAUGCCAAAUAUUGACCUCUCUCUGCCUAAAGGGAAGAUUGAAGGUCCAGAAGUUGAAUUGGAGAGAGGUACUGGAGGAAAGUUUAAAAUGCCUCAUAUGAAAAUGCCAAAUAUUGACCUCUCUCUGCCUAAAGGGAAGAUUGAAGGUCCAGAAGUUGAAUUGGAGGGAGGUACCGGAGGAAAGUUCAAAAUGCCUCACGUGAAAAUGCCAAAUAUUGACCUCUCUCUGCCUAAAGGGAAGGUUGAAGGUCCAGAAGUUGAAUUGGAGAGAGGUACUGGAGGAAAGUUUAAAAUGCCUCAUAUGAAAAUGCCAAAUAUUGACCUCUCCCUGCCCAAAGGAAAAAUUGAAGGUCCGGAAGUUGAAAUGGAGGGAGGUUCCGGAGGAAAAUUCAAGAUGCCCCAUUUCAGCAUGCCCUCUGUUGAUGUUUCACUUCCCAAAGGAAAGAUGGAAGGUCCACAAGUUGAAUUGGAGGGAGGUACUGGAGGAAAGUUUAAAAUGCCUCACGUGAAAAUGCCAAAUAUUGACCUCUCUCUGCCUAAAGGGAAGGUUGAAGGUCCAGAAGUUGAAUUGGAGAGAGGUACUGGAGGAAAGUUUAAAAUGCCUCAUAUGAAAAUGCCAAAUAUUGACCUCUCCCUGCCCAAAGGAAAAAUUGAAGGUCCGGAAGUUGAAAUGGAGGGAGGUUCCGGAGGAAAAUUCAAGAUGCCCCAUUUCAGCAUGCCCUCUGUUGAUGUUUCACUUCCCAAAGGAGAGAUUGAAGGUCCAGAAGUUGAACUUGAGGGAGGUACUGGAGGAAAGUUCAAAAUGCCUCAUAUGAAAAUGCCAAAUAUUGACCUCUCUCUGCCUAAAGGGAAGAUUGAAGGUCCAGAAGUUGAAAUGGAGGGAGGUUCCAGAGGAAAAUUCAAGAUGCCCCAUCUCAGCAUGCCUUCUGUUGAUAUUUCACUUCCCAAAGGAAAGAUGGAAGGUCCACAAGUUGAAUUGGAGGGAGGUACUGGAGGAAAGUUUAAAAUGCCUCAUGUGAAAAUGCCAAAUAUUGACCUCUCCCUGCCCAAAGGAAAGAUUGAAGGUCCAGAAUUUGAAAUGGAGGGAGGUUCCGGAGGAAAAUUCAAGAUGCCCCAUUUCAGCAUGCCCUCUUUUGAUGUUUCACUUGCCAAGGGAAAGAUUGAAGGUCCAGAAGUUGAACUGGAGGGAGGUAACGGAGGAAAGUUCAAAAUGCCUCAUAUGAAAAUGCCAAAUGUUGAUUUUUCUCUGCCUAAAGGGAAGAUUGAAGGUCCAGAAGUUGAAAUGGAGGGAGGUUCCGGAGGAAAAUUCAAGAUGCCCCAUCUCAGCAUGCCUUCUGUUGAUAUUUCACUUCCCAAAGGAAAGAUUGAAGGUCCAGAAGUUGAAAUGGAGGGAGGCACAGGAGGAAAGUUCAAAAUGCCUCAUAUGAAAAUGCCAAAUAUUGACCUCACUCUGCCUAAAGGAAAGAUUGAAGGUCCAGAAGUUGAAAUGGAGGGAGGUUCCGGAGGAAAAUUCAAGAUGCCCCAUUUCAGCAUGCCCUCUGUUGAUAUUUCCCUUCCCAAAGGAAAGAUUGAAGGUCCAGAAGUUGAAAUGGAGGGAGGUUCCGGAGGAAAAUUCAAGAUGCCCCAUUUCAGCAUGCCCUCUGUUGAUAUUUCACUUCCCAAAGGAAAGAUUGAAGGUCCACAAGUCGAAAUGGAGGGAGGCACCGGAGGAAAAUUCAAAAUGCCUCAUAUGAAAAUGCCAAACGUUGACCUCUCUCUGCCUAAAGGGAAGAUUGAAGGUCCAGAAGUUGAAAUGGAGGGAGGUUCCGGAGGAAAAUUCAAGAUGCCCCAUAUAAGCAUGCCCUCUGUUGAUGUUUCACUUGCCAAAGGAAAGAUUGAAGGUCCAGAAGUUGAACUGGAGGGAGGUACCGGAGGAAAGUUCAAAAUGCCUCAUAUGAAAAUGCCAAAUGUUGAUUUUUCUCUGCCUAAAGGGAAGAUUGAAGGUCCAGAAGUUGAAAUGGAGGGAGGUUCCGGAGGAAAAUUCAAGAUGCCCCAUCUCAGCAUGCCUUCUGUUGAUAUUUCACUUCCCAAAGGAAAGAUUGAAGGUCCAGAAGUUGAAAUGGAGGGAAGUUCCGGAGGAAAAUUCAAGAUGCCCCAUUUCAGCAUGCCCUCUGUUGAUAUAUCCCUUCCCAAAGGAAAGAUUGAAGGUCCACAAGUCGAAAUGGAGGGAGGCACCGGAGGAAAAUUCAAAAUGCCUCAUAUGAAAAUGCCAAACGUUGACCUCUCUCUGCCUAAAGGGAAGAUUGAAGGUCCAGAAGUUGAAAUGGAGGGAGGUUCCAGAGGAAAAUUCAAGAUGCCCCAUCUCAGCAUGCCUUCUGUUGAUAUUUCACUUCCCAAAGGAAAGAUUGAAGGUCCACAAGUUGAAUUGGAAGGAGGUACUGGAGGAAAGUUCCAAAUGCCUCAUAUGAAAAUGCCAAAUAUUGACCUCUCCCUGCCCAAAGGAAAGAUUGAAGGUCCAGAAGUUGAAUUGGAAGGAGGUACUGGAGGAAAGUUCCAAAUGCCUCAUAUGAAAAUGCCAAAUAUUGACCUCUCCCUGCCCAAAGGAAAGAUUGAAGGUCCAGAAGUUGAAAUGGAAGGAGGUUCUGGCGGAAAAUUCAAGAUGCCCCAUUUCAGCAUGCCCUCUGUUGAUGUUUCACUUCCCAAAGGAAAGAUUGAAGGUCCAGAAGUUGAACUGGAGGGAGUUACCGGAGGAAAGUUCAAAAUGCCUCAUGUGAAAAUGCCAAAUAUUGACCUCUCCCUGCCCAAAGGAAAGAUUGAAGGUCCAGAAGUUGAAAUGGAGGGAGGUUCCGGAGGAAAAUUCAAGAUGCCCCAUUUCAGCAUGCCUUCUGUUGAUAUUUCCCUUCCCAAAGGAAAGAUUGAAGGUCCACAAGUCGAAAUGGAGGGAGGCACCGGAGGAAAAUUCAAAAUGCCUCAUAUGAAAAUGCCAAACGUUGACCUCUCUCUGCCUAAAGGGAAGAUUGAAGGUCCAGAAGUUGACCUGGAGGGAGGUACUGGAGGAAAGUUAAAAAUGCCUCAUAUGAAAAUGCCAAAUAUUGACCUCUCCCUGCCCAAAGGAAAGAUUGAAGGUCCAGAAGUUGAAAUGGAGGGAGGUUCCGGAGGAAAAUUCAAGAUGCCCCAUUUCAGCAUGCCUUCUGUUGAUAUUUCCCUUCCCAAAGGAAAGAUUGAAGGUCCACAAGUCGAAAUGGAGGGAGGCACCGGAGGAAAAUUCAAAAUGCCUCAUAUGAAAAUGCCAAACGUUGACCUCUCUCUGCCUAAAGGGAAGAUUGAAGGUCCAGAAGUUGAAAUAGAGGGAGGUUCCGGAGGAAAAUUCAAGAUGCCCCAUCUCAGCAUGCCUUCUGUUGAUAUUUCACUUCCCAAAGGAAAGAUUGAAGGUCCACAAGUUGAAUUGGAAGGAGGUACUGGAGGAAAGUUCCAAAUGCCUCAUAUGAAAAUGCCAAAUAUUGACCUCUCCCUACCCAAAGGAAAGAUUGAAGGUCCAGAAGUUGAAAUGGAAGGAGGUUCCGGAGGAAAAUUCAAGAUGCCCCAUCUCAGCAUGCCUUCUGUUGAUAUUUCACUUCCCAAAGGAAAGAUUGGAGGUCCACAAGUUGAAUUGGAAGGAGGUACUGGAGGAAAGUUCAAAAUGCCUCAUGUGAAAAUGCCAAAUAUUGACCUCUCCCUGCCCAAAGGAAAGAUUGAAGGUCCAGAAGUGGAAAUGGAGGGAGGUUCCGGAGGAAAAUUCAAGAUGCCCCAUUUCAGCAUGCCCUCAGUUGAUAUUUCACUUCCCAAAGGAAAGAUUGAAGGUCCAGAAGUCGAAAUGGAGGGAGGCACCGGAAGAAAAUUCAAAAUGCCUCAUAUGAAAAUGCCAAAUAUUGACCUCUCUCUGCCCAAAGGAAAGAUUGAAGGUCCAGAAGUUGAAAUGGAGGGAGUUACAGGAGGAAAACUCAAGAUGCCCCAUCUCAGCAUGCCAUCUGUUGAUAGUUCACUUCCCAAAGGAAAGAUGGAUGGUCCAGAAGUUGACCUGGAGGGAGGUUCUGGAGGAAGGUUCAAAAUGCCUCAUAUAAAAAUGCCAAAUAUUGACCUCUCUCUGCCCAAAGGACAGAUUCAAGGUCCUGAAGUUGAACUGGAGGGAAGGACCGGAGGAAAGGUCAAAAUGCCUCAUAUGAAAAUUCCAAAUAUUGACCUCUCCCUGCCCAAAGGAAAGAUUGAAGGUGCAGAAGUUGACCUGGAGGGAGGUACCGGAGGAAAGUUCAAAAUGCCUCAUAUGAAAAUGCCAAAUAUUGACCUCUCUCUGUCCAAAGGAAAGAUUGAAGGUCCAGAGGUGGAGCUCAAAGGAGAGGGUGGAAAAUUCAAGAUGGCACAUCUCAACAUGCCGUCUGUUGAUAUGUCACUUCCCAAAGGAAAGAUUGAGGGUCCUGAAGUUGAGUUUGAGGGAGGUACCGGAGGAGGAAAAUUAAAAAUGCCACAUUUGAAAAUGCCCUCAGUUGAUAUUUCACUGCCCAAAGGAAAAAUUGGCAAAAUUGAAGGGGCAGAGGUGGACAUGGAGGUAGAGGGAGACAAAUCUAAAAGGCAACAAGUGUCAAUGCCAACUGUUGAGGCUGGAGGGAAAAUUCUAUUACCACCAGUCUCGUCGAUAGAUGUAGAAAUUGAUGCGAACUCUAGUAAACCUAAAAACGACUCGGGGGAAGUUGAUUUGCAUGUUGAAGGAGAGCACAAGGGUCUUAAACUCAAAAUGCCAACAAUAGAUAUCAAAAUUCCAAAAGGAGACUUAGAGCUUGAUAUAGGAUUCAGAGGAGGGGAUAAAACUGACAGGAAAAAAGUUGAACUUCCUGACUUGGACAUCAACACAGCAGGAACCAGCAGCAAAGUCAAAGGGCCUAAAGUCAAAGGAACAAAAUUCAAGAUUGGAAUGGCAAAAAAGAAAACUGGCAAAGAUCUGACAGAGAACAAACAUGGACGCAAGGUCAAAGAAGGACUUGAGUGUGAAGUUGAAGUUGAAACUCACAAUGGACAUAAAGAGGGCAAAGAUCGUAUGAACAUAACCGUGCCAGAGGUUACAGUACCAGGUGUUAGUAUGAGCACCAGACAAGGUUCAGCCAACCUAGAAACAGGGGGAGCGUUUGAACUGUCAUCACUGAGUGCAGAAAUCAAAGUCCCCAGGAUUCCAGACAUAGAUUUUGAUAUUGGUACAUCACAAGAUGAAGAUGUUGAUAAAACAGAAAAAGGAAAGAAAAUAAAAAUCCCAAAGUUUGGUGUCGCGUUACCCUCCCUUUCCUCCCCUGAGAGAAGAAUCUAUGGGCCAGAAGUUCAGUAUGAGGGCCCUAAAAUGCCCAAAGUAAAGAAAGCUGUUUUUGUCUUGGUAAAUCCUUCUCAAACAGAUGAACCUGCUACUUGCACAGGGCUGCUGCAGGGGGCGACAACAGCUGAGAUCGAUACAGAGGACGUCAAAGUGAAGUUACCCAAAAUCAAAAUGAAGCCAACCUUUGGGAAGACAAAAGAUAAAUCAGCUGCUGCAAGCACAGAGAGAGAGGGGUGGAGAGAGGAGAAGUCAAAGGGAGGGAAGGUAAAAAUGUCCAAAGUGUCAUUUUCUCCUGGAAAAUCUGGGUCACUGGAUGUCAAUCUCAAGGGAGACGGUUCAAGUUCAAGUCUCAACGGUGAAGACGUUGCAAGUCCUCACAAGGACGACAAAGGGACAAUCACUGGUAAAAUCAAACUCCCAAAGGUGGAGUUCACCAGUCCAUAUGGAAAGAUGGCUGCUGGGGAGGGAGACACUGAAACGAGUGUGUUUUCAAAGGAAGUGGUGACAUCUCAUGCCAGAACAGAAAUGCUGGACAGGGACAGCUCGGAGUCUCCUGGUGGAUCCGCCGCGGAGUUCAGCUCGACCAAGGUCCGUGUUUGGAGUGAGGUGGACAGCAAAAGUGCAGAGUCUGAAGAAAGAGAGUCUUCCUCCUGGUUCAAGGUCCCAAAGUUCACCCUGAAGCCGCACUCCAAAGGCUUCCUUCGGAUAACCCCUGAGGGUUCUCCUCAGGCCAUGAGGAAGGGGGAGUUGGGAGGUGAGGCCGACGUGCUGGGAUCCUUCUGCCUCCACACCUCAGGGAUGGACUUCACCACCCUGGAAAGCUCAGAGGAGCUCCAGGUGUCCUCCACCGAGUCGGAAACUCUCACCACGGUGACCAAGACCACCCGAGUCACCCAGUGUUUGGUUUCUACUGAAACACGAACAGGUGAAUCCUCGACCACCGUGACGACAACCGAGCAAGAGUCAGACUUCAAACACUGAGGACGCUGUCAUGAUUUCUUCGACAUCUUUUCGAUUGUUUUGUUUUUCUUUGGUGAGGUUGCAGUGUUCUCGUUAAGCUCCGCCUGCAACGUGGCAAACCUCUCUUAAAGAAAAGUUUUUACAUUAUAUUUCAAUAGGUUAAGUAUGAACGUGAUGAAAAGCAAUGACAUUUCAUCUACCAGCAAUAUUGUUACUAUUAUAUCACAUAUUCUACCUUUUUUUCAUUUUAAAUGUGGCUGUUAUUUUGUUCAGUUAGUUUAGUCCUGAUUAUUAUUGGAUUUCGUUUGGUUUUUAAAGGUUUCACUCUGAAUGUAAACAUGUCAGAUUGCUUCUUUAUUUAUUGUUGUUUGUGUGUGUUCACAAAACGCUGGAAUGAGUCAUUGUCUUACAUCAGCUUCAUGGAUUUGACCGUGAUUUUAUGAUUAGUUCAAAGUAAUUCAUUUUGAACCACGACAGCACAGGCCAGAGUAAUAUUUAUGUAAAUAUGACUUUAUUUAAAUUGCUUUUUUGAAGCGGUAGCCCUUCAAUCUGAAAUGUAAUUAUUUUCAUAUUCACCAGAGUCAGGAGUGGAAGUUAUAUUGUUUUUUGACAUGAUAACACAUUUUGUUUGUCUUGAAGGAAAAGUGUGAGCUUUUUGGGAUCAUGGCUUGUUCUCAUUUUCUGCCAUAGUUUUUAUAUUUGACUCAUUUAGCUGGUGCUGCUACCCAGAGAUAGUCCCAGUGAGUGAGCAGGACACUCUGCGCUCUAUCUGCUUUGGGGAUCAAACCUGUGACCGCCUGGUUGAAGGUUGCUCUCUAACAUUUAAGCCAACCUGCUGCUAAUCAAUUAUAUGUAUUUACUGUACACUGCCAGAUAAAGACACCACUGUAUAUUAAAUAUACACCUCCUGAGUGAUGUUGAUGUUUUGAUGACAGCAGACUGGGAGGCUAUUUUGGGUUCUAUGGGUAAAUGCUAUUGCUUAGGUAAAGAUAUAUAUAAAUAAACCUCUAAAAAUGAUAUCACUAAGGCUGCUACAAUGACACACAGGCUAAGGAGUGGCAAGCCUUCCGCUUUUUACAAAGGCCAUCACAUAAAAAAGUAAAACUAUAGACAGAAGAGAGAGGAUCAAAAAUAAGAAAUAUAAAAAUAUUCUUAAUAAUUCCUGUUUUUUCUAUGAAAAUUUCCAAGAAUGACAACAGAGGUUAACUUGCAGUUCAAAUUACAGAUAUAUAAUUAUUUUAUUCAGUUCCUUUACCCCUUACUUUUCAGGUGCAUCCUCCAUUUAAAAAAAAAGUUGCUUUGAGGGAGAAAAUGUUGUCUUUUGAAUAUUUAUUACAUAUUUAAAGUUUCACUAGCAAAUGCAGUACAACUUACCUUUGAAAAGUAUAAAUUUGCAACAUUACUUAUUUAGACAUUUACAAAAUGUGGCAUUAAUCUGAUGAAUAAAAACUACUAUUCACGAGAAUGUGAAACAUUUGAGAAUGACGACUUUAUCACCUGGUUUAUUGACUCAGUUGGUAGAAGGAAUGAAAUCAUGUGAUAAAAGAAGUCCUGACGAAAGAGUUCAGUGACACGUGGAGGUGACGCACACCGAGUAGCUUCUGUGUCUAUGAAGAUUUUACAUUUUCUGGUUUAAUCAAGUCUUCACAUUUCUUUCUAGAUUAUAAGGGUUUCAGUGCCAAGUGUUUUUGUCAAAGCUGCAUUGGAAAGAAUGUUGGUUAAGAUGUUUCAUCAAUAAAAUAAUAUUCACUCGAAAAA